GCCUCUUUCCUCGGAGGAAACUUUCCGCCGGCUGGUCCAUCGGCCCGUGUCCGGCCCGCGCUGCCGCGGCCUGGGAGCCGAGAGGGGCAGGCGGGGCGGCCGGGACCGGACGGGGCGGCAGCGGCCGGGUCCAGGGUGUAUGCGGCGGCCGGACGCGCCGGGGCCGGCAGCGGGGAAGCGGGGCGCUGACGGCUGGCCGGGGGGCUGCCCUUCCACCCCCGGAGCGCAGCAUGGACGCCCCCCGAAGGGACAUGGAGUUGCUCAGCAACAGCCUGGCGGCCUACGCACACAUCCGCGCUAACCCCGAGAGCUUUGGCCUCUACUUCGUGCUGGGAGUCUGCUUUGGCCUGCUGCUAACGCUGUGCCUACUAGUCAUCAGCAUCUCCUGUGCGCCCCGCCCGCGGCCCCGGGCCCCUGCUCCGCGCCGGGACCCCCGUAGCAGCACCCUGGAGCCCGAGGACGACGAUGAGGACGAAGAGGACACGGUGACGAGGCUGGGCCCCGACGACACGCUCCCAGGCCCAGAGCUGUCCGCCGAACCCGACGGGCCCCUGAGCGUCAACGUCUUCACGUCGGCGGAGGAGCUGGAGCGGGCGCAGCGCCUGGAGGAGCGCGAGCGGAUCCUGAGGGAGAUUUGGCGCACCGGACAGCCGGACCUGCUGGGUACUGGCACGCUGGGGCCCAGCUCCACGGCCACAGGCACCCUGGGUCGUAUGCACUAUUACUGACCCGUCCUGCUCCCGCUGCGAGGCACUCUGAGUACUGGUCAGGGGCGUGAACUCAGAGCUGCCCCAGGACGUUGGAACUGCCCCUGCCUGCGGUGCUAUGGAGGCCCCACCCCCCACAGCUUCCUCAGUGCUGUUGCGCAUGGAUCCCCACCUUCCGGGACCCCCAGUCCUGCCAGAAAGCCCGUGGGGGACGACAGGACACAGGAUCCCCAGCCUCUCUCUGGGGACCGGUUAAGAGAUGAAGUGACCAAUGAAAACUGCAUUCUCAGUGA